AUGAGGGAGGAUGCCACCUGCGCCAUCUGCCUGAAACUGAUGACAGAGCCCGUGAUCAUCGACUGUGGGCACAGCUACUGCCGCGUGUGCAUAGAGGGUACCACUGAGAGCAAACCGGUGACAUUGUCGCAGAGGACAUCUUUCUGCCCACAGUGUCAGACACAAGUUAAUAAUGUAAGCUUAAGACCCAACAAGCAACUGCAAAACCUCAUUGAAACUGUUAAAGAAAUGGGUCUUGAAGAUUUGUGUGAGGAACACGGAGAACCGCUCUGCCUGUUCUGUGAGGACGAUGGUCAACUCAUCUGCUGGUGUUGUGAGCGGUCACCACAGCACAAAACACACGUCACUCUUCUCGUUAGCGAUGCCUGCCUUGUCUACAAGAAAAUACUUCAGAAAACUGUGGGAAAACUGAAGGAACUGGAAAAUCAAUGUAACAGCAUGAAAACAUCGACAGAUAAACAUAAAUUUGAAUAUAUGUGGAAAAUUGGGAUUCAGCAAGCGAAAACCCGGCAUGACUUUAAGAAUCUUAAAACUUUCCUGUGUGAGGAGGAGAAGUGUCAUUUGUGGAGGCUGGAGGGAGAAAGGGAGAAAGUUCUGAAGAGACUUCAGGACGGUGAAGCAAGUCUGGAAAAGCAGAGUCAGGACCUUCAGACCCACAUCCUACAGCUGGAGGAGAAGUGUCGGGCCCCCGCCAAGACGCUGCUUUGGGACGUAAAAGACACCUUAAACAGGAGUUCCACUGUGACACUGGAAUUGCCGGAGACUGUCUCUUUGAGUCUUGAUGAGACAUGCAAUGUUUCUGAGCUUUACUUUGAUGUGAAGAAAAUAACAAAAGGCAAUCAAGGAAGUUCUGGAUCUGCUUCAAGUCACGGCUCCAUUCCUAUAUCUCAGUCUUCUGGAAUCCGGCCAGGAUUGGACAAGAAACCCGAGGGAAGCUGGGACUGUGACAUAUGCCUAGUGCGGAAUAACGCACAUUGUACCAAAUGUGUAGCAUGUGAGAGUUCAAGGCCAAGCACGCAGGCAGAGGGUAAAGGAUUUGGUAUAUCUUUCUCAUCAAUGAAUUCAGCAGCCUCAGCCUUCAAAUUUGGGAUCCCAUCAUUCUCUCCUGGGUCCACUCAGACUGCAUUAAAUACGGAAAACUUUAAAUCUGGAGAUCAGGGAGGCUUCAAAGUAGGUGUGUCAACAGAUUCUGGGUCUAGAAACCCCAUGAAUUUUAACUUUUCUAAAGCAACGGGAGAUUUUAAAUUUGGAAUUUCAUGUGAUUCUAAACCUGAAGAAGCUAAAGACAGUCAGAACAAUAAUAAUCUUAAGUUUGGACUUUUUACUUCUUUAAGCAAUCCAGCUUCUGUAACACCAUUUCAAUUUGGAGCGUGUAAUCUUGGGCAGCAAGUAAAGAAAGAGGAACGGCCUAAACCAUCCCCUGCAGACUUCAUCUUUGGUGCAGCUACAGCUAAGAGCACAGUGAUCUCUGAUAGGAAGAGCGAGUUCAGCUCUGGAACCCUGAAAAACAAGAGUGACUCGAAGACCAAGUUCAGUUUUGGAACCUUGGAAAACAAGAGUGACUCCGGGUCUCCUUUCACAUGGAAGAUGCCAGAAGCUAAAACAGAAUCAUCAGGUGCCAAAGCAGGGUGCACUUCUGGCAACACAGUACCUACAUCUCUGCCAUCUGCCCCAUUGUUUGUUUUGGGAAGGACAGGAGAGAAACAAGAGCCUGUUACUUCUACUUCUCAGGUGUUUGGGAAAAGCACUGAUAACAAAGAGCCAAAGUGUCAGUCUGUGUUUUCCUUUGGGAGGUCAGAGCAAACCAAAGGUGAGUCGACCUUCAGUGUCGGUACAGCCAAACCACGUGAAAAGGAAAUACAACAGCCAGAAAAGGCCACUUUCGCUUUUGGAGAUCAAAGGGAUAAUACAGCUGGUGCAGCGAAGCCGGUUUUUAGGUUUUCAGACAGCAAUUCUUCUAAUUCAAGUACAGCAGCUGCUUCUCCUGGCGGUGGUCUUAUUGGUGGCUUCGCCACUUCCUCCACUGCGCCAGGGGUGGCCUUUUCCUUCGGACAGUCCAGCGGCACUGCAGGCGGCUUUGCCUUUGGUAACUCUAGUGAAUCCAGCACAUCUCAAUCUUCGCUGUUUCCUCAGGAAAGCAAACCAGGCCCAAAUUUGCUGUUUGGCUGCAGUAGAACGAGUUCCAACUUUCCAACAACCCACAACAACCACAACCCAUGUGGAGCAUUCACUUUUGGUGCAAAUCAGAAAGUGCCGGCAGCCUCGGCCCCGCCUUCUGGCUCAGGAGCCUUUACCUUGAACCAGGCCCCAGCAGCGUUCACAAUGGGGUCAAAUGGGCAAAAUGUAUUCUCUUCUGGAACUCCACUUUCUGGCUGCAAGAAAAGGACAAACAUUAGAAGCAAGAAACAGAGGUCACGAUGAUGUCAAACACUAUUUUUAGCCGCUGGUGCCCUUCUUUCACACACUGGGUUCCAGUAUGUGGGGCUUUUCUGAAGUCAGAGUUGCCCAGAUUCUUCCUUAAUUUGGAAACUUUCUUCCCGUUUCUUUUGUUUCACAAAUGCCACAUCUCCCACCUGUUAAAAAAAUAGUAGCCUCUGGUAAUUGAUUUUUUCAGAAAAACUGUUUUAUGAUCCAAUAAAUUAUCCACUGAUUUGGCAUAGGCUAGCCGAGCCC